AUGACGCAAAGAACGAGCUUCCGCGAAACGCGUUUGCACGACGGUUCAACUGGUUGGCAAAAUCAUAUACCAUUCAACGUAAAACCUAGAGAUUUACCACUUCGCGAUAUUUCACAUCAGGGAAUUUGGACAUUGUCCAGUUGUAAACACGGGUAUGGUGUAAAAGAGUUGCUUGAUGAUAAUGUCGAGAAAUACUGGCAAAGCGAUGGCCCACAACCACAUGUUAUCACAAUAGAGUUCCAGAAAAAGACCGAUAUAUGCUUCAUUAUGAUGUAUUUAGAUUUUAAAAAUGAUGAAUCCUAUACACCUUGCAGAGUUGUUGUAAAAGCCGGCCAUUCUCCACAAGAUUGGUUUUACGUGCAAUCGCAAAAUUUUGCGGAGCCUCAAGGUUGGCAAGUAAUCGAUAUGCGUGAUGCUAUUAUGAAUCCGCAGCGAGCUUGGAUGGUGCAACUGCAAGUGGUGCAGAAUCAUCAGAAUGGGCGUGACACCCACAUAAGACACGUCCGCGUUGUCGGUCCAGCUCGCUCAAGAUACACGCCAGAGAAUCGGCUUUUCGCCGGCAACCCUGAGGUCUCUUUCAAUUUCCCUGGCCGUCAACCUCCCGAAUUUCAAGCCGACUAUAUGGAAAAAUUUUUCAAUUCUCUUGUUCUUCGAUAG